CCAUAUAACUUUGUAAAAACACACACUCUAUUAUCCAAAAACAAAAACAAAACCUAUGACAACCUCGACUGACUUAGCCAAGGAUCACACAAAAUCACCUCUUGCAAGGUUACGCCGCAAGCUCUCUCCAAAGAAGUCUACCACUCUCCUCACUCCCAGUCCCACCAUCAUGUCCAUGCAGCAGCAGCAGCCGUUGCUUCAGAGGGUUUUUGACUACUUCGACAAGGACGGGGAUGGCAAGAUAUCCCCAGCUGAGCUGCAGAGUUGUGUUAGAGCCACCGGGGGACAGCUCUCGCUAGACGAGGCUGCAGCAGCCGUCGACUCGUCCGACAUGGACGGAGACGGACUAUUGGGAUACUAUGAAUUCGUGAAGCUUAUGGAGGGCAGUGGAGAGGACAAGGUGAAGGAGGAGGAGGAGAAGAACAAGGAGCUGAGAGAAGCAUUUGGGAUGUACGAGAUGGGUGGGUCGGGCUGCAUAACGCCGGCUAGCUUGAGGACGAUGCUGUCCAGGCUCGGUGGCUCCCACUCUCUCGAGGAUUGCAAGGCUAUGAUCAGAACCUUCGACCUCAAUGGAGAUGGGGUGCUCAGCUUUGAUGAGUUCUCUGUUAUGAUGCGCUGAUCACCAACACCCUUCUUUCUUCUUGCCUUUUCUUAUUCAAUUAUUCAUUAUUAAUUGUGUACAUACAUAACAAUGAUAUUGACAUUUUAGUCAUGUUCUUUUAUACUUAA